CUUCACAAAGCCUAUUCGCGGCAUAACCUCAAAAGUGAUCCUUCAGAGAUUUUGCAGUUUUUGUGUUGUGAAACAUUUUCCUGGGAAAUCCUCACAAGAUGCCAGUGGAUUUGGUUGGAUACAUCUACGCCGCCACCGUGGCAGCCGGCGGAAUCAUCGGAUACGCGAAGGCUGCUUCUGUGCCUUCCUUGGCGGCCGGCCUGACCUUUGGCGCCGUCCUGGGCUUCGGGGCGCACCUGAACUCGCAGUCGCCGCCGCGUCCACUGCUGCAGCUGGGCACCAGCCUGGUGCUGGCCGGCAUGAUGGGCGCCCGCUGGGCGCGAUCCGGGAAGAUGAUGCCACCCGGACUCGUGUGCAUUCUCUCCGUGGUGACGUUCGUGCGCGGCAUUUACGUGUACAACGAGCACCUGUGGCCGGCGCGCCGCCAGUGAUUGAGUUCUUCCGAUCUAAUCAUUCACAAAAAGAGCCGAUGAAGUG